AUGAUCCACCGCGAAGUAGCCGAUGGUCUAGAGCGUCUUUGGAACGUAAGAGUAAACUGCAUAUGGGAAGCCGAUGAAAGUAGUCGCCAUGGAGAGGUUUAUAUAUUCGACCAUGUAUUUAAGCAGGAAUGUACAAAUUCAGAUGUAUAUGGAUCUGUAGUAAAACCUUUAGUCGAUUCCUUCAUGGAAGGUUUCAAUGCCACAAUAUUUGCAUAUGGCCAAACAUCUUCUGGCAAAACACACACCAUUUUGGGCAAUAAAACAGAUCCUGGGCUUUUCCAAUUAGUAUCCAAUCAGUUAUUCCAGCAUGUGGCAGACCAGGUUGAUAAGAGGUACUUGAUUAGAUGCAGUUAUAUUGAAAUCUACAAUGAAAAGAUCAAUGACCUCCUGGAUAAGAGCAAUCAGGGUUUAACUAUAAGAGAAGAUAUCAAAGGAAAUGUGCUGCUUGAUGCAAGGGAAGCUGUCGUAGACAAUGUUGAUAAAGUUAUGGAGAACAUGAUGCAGGGCAAUAAGAUCAGACGAGUUGCAGCUACUCGCAUGAAUGAGAGGUCAUCUCGAUCACACACGAUUUUCCGGAUUAUUCUGGAGUCGAAAGAUGCCAAUCAGAAAGAUGGACCUGUACAUAUAAGCUACCUUAACUUAAUGGACUUAGCUGGUUCUGAGAGAGUUUCUCUGACGAAAGCUGCUGGUGAGCGUCUUAAAGAGGGGGCUAACAUAAACAAAUCUUUGUCAGUAUUAGGAAAUGUGAUAAGGCAACUAAGCGAGGGGAAGGAGUUUAUCAGUUAUCGCGAUUCGAAAUUGACUAGACUGCUCUCACAGGCUCUUGGCGAUGUAUAUGGAUCUGUAGUAAAACCUUUAGUCGAUUCCUUCAUGGAAGGUUUCAAUGCCACAAUAUUUGCAUAUGGCCAAACAUCUUCUGGCAAAACACACACCAUUUUGGGCAAUAAAACAGAUCCUGGGCUUUUCCAAUUAGUAUCCAAUCAGUUAUUCCAGCAUGUGGCAGACCAGGUUGAUAAGAGGUACUUGAUUAGAUGCAGUUAUAUUGAAAUCUACAAUGAAAAGAUCAAUGACCUCCUGGAUAAGAGCAAUCAGGGUUUAACUAUAAGAGAAGAUAUCAAAGGAAAUGUGCUGCUUGAUGCAAGGGAAGCUGUCGUAGACAAUGUUGAUAAAGUUAUGGAGAACAUGAUGCAGGGCAAUAAGAUCAGACGAGUUGCAGCUACUCGCAUGAAUGAGAGGUCAUCUCGAUCACACACGAUUUUCCGGAUUAUUCUGGAGUCGAAAGAUGCCAAUCAGAAAGAUGGACCUGUACAUAUAAGCUACCUUAACUUAAUGGACUUAGCUGGUUCUGAGAGAGUUUCUCUGACGAAAGCUGCUGGUGAGCGUCUUAAAGAGGGGGCUAACAUAAACAAAUCUUUGUCAGUAUUAGGAAAUGUGAUAAGGCAACUAAGCGAGGGGAAGGAGUUUAUCAGUUAUCGCGAUUCGAAAUUGACUAGACUGCUCUCACAGGCUCUUGGCGGUAAUGCCAAAUCAUUGAUUAUCGGGAAUGUUACUUUAGCUGCAGAGGAGGAGACUAGAUCUACACCAGAAUUCGCCCAAAGCACUAAAACUGUCAAAAUAAAACGAAAGUAA